AUGAGCUUUGCGCAUGGUGAGGGCGUGAAGGCUACUGCAGUCGCUUUCAAGCCGGGAGCGAACGUCGAUGAGGAAGGCAAGAGACUGUGGAUCGGAAACAACAUGGGCGAGUUGAUGGAGGCGGAUAUUGCAACACAAAGCGUUGUCUGCACGAAACCCGGAGCUCACGGCCGCAACGAGAUCAUCAAGAUCUACAGGCAUUUCAACGAAAUGUGGACGCUUGACGAUGCUGGGACGAUGCAUAUUUGGGCGCCAGACGCGGAUUCUGUACCGAACAUGGCCAGCAACCCCAGUCAAUCAUACCGGCUGCCCAAAAAUCAUUCCUUUUCAAUGGUCGUUGGUGACGAGCUGUGGCAUGCGACUGGGAAGGAAAUUCGAGUCUUCUUGCCAACUCCAGACGGACGCAGCCAGUUCCAGGUUCUCAUACGGCCCCUUCUUCAGGAGAGUGCUGGCGAGGUCAGCGCCGGUACUGUACUUUCUACGGACCCCAAUAAGGUCUUCUUUGGGCAUAUUGACGGCAAAGUCAGUAUAUACUCGAGGAAGGAUUACACUUGCUUGGGACUGCUGAAUAUAAGCACUUACAAGAUCAAUUCACUCGCCGGAGUUGGCAGUAAUUUGUGGGCAGGCUAUAAUACGGGCAAGGUCUGCGUAUAUGACAUGAGCCAAACACCUUGGACGGUCAAGAAGGACUGGCAGGCUCACGAAAAUCCCGUGGUCAAGCUCAUUGCUGAUCGAUCUAGUCUGUAUAAACUGGAUCGGGUUCAGGUUGUCUCACUUGGCGCAGAUAAUAUGCUGAAGGCCUGGGACGGCCUGCUUCAAGAAGACUGGCUAGAGGAAGAGAUGAAAGCCCGGGACUCUCAAUAUUGUGAUUUUGAAGAAAUCAAGGCUCUGGUCAUGACAUGGAAUGCUGGAGCGUCUACGCCGAACAGCUUGAGGUAUUCGGAUUCUGAUGCGAGCUUCAUCCAGAAUUUGCUUCAAAACAGCGGUUCCCCAGACAUACUUGUUUUUGGGUUCCAAGAACUUGUGGAUCUCGAAGAUAAGACGGCUACGGCCAAGCGAUUCUUGAAACCGAAGAAAAAAGAAGGCUCCGAUCAAGAGCGGAUGAGCCACCAGUACCGUGACUGGAGAGACUUUCUUGUCAGGAGUUUGGAUGACUACAUGUCUGGAGAUUUGUACCAUCUUCUACAGACUGCCCAUCUCGUCGGACUGUUCACUUGCAUAUUUGUCAAGGCUGACUUAAGGGACCGGAUUCGGAAUCUGAGCAGCGCCGAGGUCAAACGAGGUAUGGGUGGUCUGCACGGGAAUAAGGGCGCUAUUGUCGUCCGUUUCAUGAUAGAUGACUCUUCACUCUGCUUUGUCAACUGCCAUCUUGCAGCAGGGCAGUCUCAAGCAACCCAUCGACACAAUGACAUUGCUGCCAUCUUGGAAGCUAGCAUCCUACCAGUUGAACGCGACCCAAACAUUCGUGUAGACAGUUACACUGGAGGUGGCGAUGGCACGCUGAUUCUCGACCACGAGUUGUGCAUCGUCAACGGUGAUCUAAACUAUCGUAUCGACACCAUGUCACGAGACACGGUCGUGGCAGCUGUCAAGGCUAACAACCUAAACAAACUCCUAGACCGCGAUCAGCUUUUAGUAGCUCGUCGUCGAAACCCAGGCUUCAAGCUCCGAGCAUUCGAGGAGUUACCAAUCACAUUUGCCCCAACAUACAAAUAUGAUGUUGGGACGGACAACUACGACUCGAGCGAGAAGAAGCGUAGUCCUGCCUGGUGCGACCGCCUGUUAUACCGUGGCCGAGGCAGGAUACAGCAACUCGAUUACCGGCGCCACGAGGUGCGGGUUUCUGACCAUCGACCCGUGACCGGGCAGUUCCGAUUGACAACGAAGAGGAUCUCGCCAAAGAGGAGGGCCGUUACGUGGAUGGAGUGUCAGCAGCGCUUUGAGGAUGUCAAAGCUAGGGACGCGACUGCAGAGAAACUCUAUUAUCUAACACACGUCAUUGGAUACGAUGCGGCUACAAGCAAAAGCUUAAUCCGGGAGCGAUCUGGACGGAGAGAUCACAGGAGCCCUAGUAGACAUCGGGAGUGA